CUGUCGCCCGGCCAUUGUUUUGCUGCACGCCGUUGCAUUACGCUAGUGCUCGUCUACACAACUCAUCCGUGGACGCCGGUCGCCUGCCUGCAGGUGCGCAUCGGCUAUGCUAUCCGCGCGGUGUGGCGUCGCAUUGAGUCUGUGUGGUGCUAUCGCCUUGGCCGGGCGCCCGGAGCGUGAGGAAUGCGCGUCAGCAAAACAUCGACACAACCUGCCAGCUACCGUCGGUACAGUAACAGCGCGUGAACGACGCACCAAUGCCUUGUCCCUUCUUGCUACGCAUUUAUGUGGGCACGGGUGGGAGCCACACACAUCGGGACUACGCUUUCCUGCCCCUUGCCAUGUUCCAUCACGAGCUUCAAUGCAGGGGCAAGUGCAGGGGCGGGACGUCAACUCUGCAACCAACAUCCGGCACGCGCUGGUGGAGAUGCUGCUUGGAAACGUGCGGCCCGCAUCACUACAGCCUGGCGGCGGUGGCGGCGGCGGCGGCGGCGGCGGCCCAGCAGCGGCCCAGCAGCGACACAGCGACAGCGGCACGUGUGCGCAUGUUGGUAGCGGAGGGGACGGGAACGGCCACGUGGAGGAGAGCGCAGCGUCGCCCAAAACUUGGCGCAAGCGCGCAGGCUGAGGGGCUGGCCGCCGGUGUCUAGCUAGGUAGCAGGCCACAAUGGGGUGAGCAGGGUAUGCUUGGCAGGGGGCAGCAGCAGCAUGACAAGUAGUGCGGCUUUUGUCAAUUGUGUGGUGUCCUGGCUGGCUCUGCAGUGGCGGUGUGGCUGCUGAGCACCUGGUUUGGCUAUGUGCCUGUACAGACCGACCCCGGCUAUGUCCGGGUGAUGAGGACGUUCGGCCUCAGAGAGUGGAGGGGCUCAGCCCCUUUUCCCG